CUAGUCUCCGUUGGGAAACCACAUCAAACAGACUUGCCAUGAACCGCUGGUUGAAUCGCGUUGCCGUAGUCACUGGUGCCAGCGCCGGAAUCGGAGCAGCCUGCUGCCGCGAUCUGGUGGCCAAGGGAAUGGUAGUGGUGGGCCUGGCCAGGAGAGAGAAGGUCCUCCAGGACAUCAAAUCCUCCCUGCCCGCCGAUCAGGCUGCUCGCUUCCACACCCGCCCCUGUGAUGUCAGCAAUGAACAGCAGGUCAUCGAUACCUUCGCCUGGAUCGAUCGCACCCUGGGUGGUGCCGACGUGCUUGUCAAUAACGCCGGGAUCAUACGUCAAAUGAACAUCACGGACCCGGAAAAUUCCGCUGAUGUGCGUGCCAUUCUGGACGUGAAUGUGUUGGGAGUGACCUGGUGCACCCGCCAGUGGUUCCUAUCGCUGCAGCGCCGCAAGGUAAACGACGGUCAUGUGGUAGUCAUCAAUAGUGUGGUAGGCCACUCCGUUCCGGCCGUGGAGGGCUUCAGCCUGAACAUGUACGCGCCCUCCAAACACGCGAUCACCGCCUUGACCGAAAUCCUGCGUCAGGAGUUCAUCAAGAAGGGCACUCAAACAAAGAUCACGAGCAUCAGUCCUGGUGUAGUGGCCACUGAAAUUUUCGAAGCCGGAUCCUGGGAGCAACCCACAGGCAUGCCCAUGCUGCGAUCGGAGGAUAUAGCCGAUGCGGUGACCUACUGCAUCCAGACGCCCCCAACUGUCCAGAUAAAGGAGCUCAUAAUCAAGCCGGUUGGUGAGGGCUUUUGAAGUGACCACUUCCAAGUGACCAAAUACCAUUGCACCAGGAGUACAUUGCAGAAGUCUUCCGACAAGAGUUUAUCAACAGGGGAACUCAAUAUAAUAUGCCUGUUGGAAGUAAUACGUAAAUAAUCAGUGGCAUGGAACACCGGCAUACACAAGCUGAGAAUAGAGGAUUGAGCCGGUGCAAUAUCAUAUUACACUCACUAUCAAGCCGUGGGCGAACUUGUUUAAACCUUUGUUUCUUGAUAAAAAAAAAUGAACAAGCUUUGUGUGGGCCAACUCAAAUAAAUAAACAAUCGCACUUGAAUACAAUGAA